CUGUGAUCCGUGUGAUUAGUGACGUUUCGUGGGUUGUCAUCGUGGACCCCCCCCAGCGGCCUUUAUAUAGCGUGCAGUCAUACCACCUUGAUCGAAAGUUACUCUUAUGAUUCGGAAUCCAGUUUUUUCCGACUGAAAUCCCUGACCAGCUUGCCGUCUGAUAAUCACUUCUUCAAACUGAAAAGUCAAGGUAAGAUCUCAGAGGCCGCUAAAAUUAAAGCCUUAGGCUUCACGGCAUCCCCGUGUGAUGCAAUGUAAUGUAAACCAACUUUUAACAUUUAACGUGGCUCGAUUGAGAUUUUUAGGGGGUAAUACCUUCCGCAUUUGGGCAUCACCUACGUUGGCCAUUGACCAUGAUAGCGGAAAACCGUCACCACAAGGUUUUUUUUUUAAAUUAAAGCUAGCAGUAGCCGUUCGCUAGGAAAUGCUGGUGAAGAUGUGACUGACGAAAAACCGCUUUCAUAAUUUUGUAAGCCCUAUGCAAAAGGAUAUCACUAUUGCUGGUUUUCAGAUUGAUAAUGAAAACUGGAUUGAACAACAAAGUAAAUAAGACUCAUAUUUAAUUCAACGACUUUAUUCACAUUUGCUAAGAUACAAUUAGCCUGCGAAUUGUGAGGAGCGAGGAGACGGCUGUAUUUCGCCGGCAAAGAUACAUUGAAACAGUAAUGCGUGACACAAGUAAUGCAUGUUUACAGUCAUGACUGCACGAAAUCUUAUUUAAAAUUCAAUCGAAUAUUCAAUUCGUGUCCAAAGACCAAAGGCCGUUCAUAUGCAAUAGAAAACAAUGAAACAGCUUAGCUUACUGAAGCUUUCGCUCAGAUGACAGAUGACAACGUUCAAUUCAGUUGACUUGUAACCAUGCCCCCCCGGGAAUACCCCCAGGGAUUGGCAUUUUUUUUCUUGGCGGUCUAACACUCUCCUGGGGGGGGAGGGGGGGUACUGCCAUAUAUAGGCUAAAAACAAUGUGCGCUGUGAAGGGUAUAGCCUCCCCGCAGACGUCCUUUGGGGUUCGUUUGUCACGCAUUCAUUUCUCCCCCACGGAGGGUAUGGCUUUCAAGCAGUUUACUCUGGGAUAGGGUAUAUAAAUCAGAGAGUUUCGGUCUAGAAGAGGGUAUCAUUUUCCAUUUAAACUGAUGAAUUGGCUGAAGAUUUUAGUCUAGACUAGGGAAACCGGGAAUUGCCACUCAACAAUAUUAAAUAAUCAAAUCGGUUUUUUUUGGCUGGACUGUGCUAGUGACCUCAGUUGUUUCUGGAAAACAGCUACUCUAAGAUAGGGGGGAUUUGGGGAGUUUAGCCUGGUAUAGGGUAGCAAAAUUCACUUGCACUAGCUCUGGUAUAGGCUAAGGGUUCCAGGGUUCCAGCGGCACAUCUCCACUCAAGACGUCCUAAAGUACCUUCCCCGGAAUUAUCCGCCCCUGGGCACGCAGAAAUUAAGAAUUUGUUCAUGCUUAGCGUGUGUAUAUCGAGUUAUGGAUACACGCGGAAAGUUAGUAGCCGAUGGGGACGUUUGGAAACGAAACGCGAAACAUCCCCAUCGGCGAAGAGCGAGGAGAAACGGAUGUUUUCGCAGGCUAGAAAGUUUGGAGAGCACGAAAGAUACGAAAGAGUUCCUCGAGGCGCAGCCGAGAGCAACUCUAGCUUCUUGAGUGCUCUCCAAACUUCCUAACUGCAUCCAUAGCUCGAUAUACGCACUGCUAAAAGCAUGAGCAAAUUUUUUUAUAACAAAAAUGCUUGCCUUUUUAUUUUAAUGCUGCAAAAUUCUCGUAACGCGUGACCCGAUAACAAACGCUUCUAUUAGCUGAUUACAAACACGCCACUUUACAAAUAGAUUCCAUGUUGCCGUGCGUCUGUUCAGUAAUAGAUCACAGAUGACGUCAAAAUGUGGUAAAAACAAUGAAGUGGCACACGAGCCGCAGGCGAGUGUGUCUGUGAUCUGUUACUGAAUAGACCCACGGCAAUAUGGAAUCUAUUUGUUAAGUGGCCAUAAGGGCGAGAGGAAUAAUUGUUUUAGUAAAAUCCAACUAGUUGGUCAAAAAUAUCGAGAAUAAAAAAAAUUUAGCUACUUCAAGCUAGACUUUGAUCCUUUUUUUGCCGCUAAAAAAGCCGGCGCUUUUCUCUACUAGUGGGCUAUAACAUAUAGCCUAGUAGUAGCUCAACCAAUCAGAACGCAGCAUUGAUAAUAGACCACUAGUUGGAUUUUACUAAACUCUGAUAGAUCAUUAUGUUAACGACCAAUCACAACGUGCGUUGCAUUCACAUCAUUGUAUAAAAUCGUCUAGUUUGAAUGAAGAUUCUUUCUGUAAAACUGAGAAAGAAGAUUUGCCUAUUUUUUCGCCUGAUUAAACGAAUGGAAACUAAGGAGAAAGAAAGGUAAAAGUUAAAGUAUUCACAUGUUCGUAAGAAGUCGUGGAGUAUGGUUUGGAUUUACUGAAAACAUGUUUAUGUUUUGCUCGGCGAAAUCCAGAAAACUUGUUUUUUAGCAAAGACGACUGUCAUCCUACGUUAAACUUAUAUUCAUUUUAUAUUAUAUUAGAUUCAUAACGGCUUCUUGAGAAGACCUGGCAGCAGUCGUUUUUGCGAGUAAUAAAUUAUGUCUUCUUGUAUAAUUUGUCUUGUUAUUGUAAGAGAAAUUUUCCUGCUUUAGUCGGAUUGUUCGGCGAUACUGACAAAAGUACAUAAUUUUUCGCUAUUGAGCUUCCUUUAUAAUUAACUUGUUUUGUAAAGGAUAAACAAACGUUAAAAACGGAGGACACUCUAUAGAAAUUGAAUAUUUUCAGUCACUCUUUACGGCAGACUUAACGGCAGACUUUUCAACGAAUCAUUCAGGCUCUAUUAUUGGCUAAACAUCUUUAUCGCUUUUGCUUUUGGUUUGAGUGGCUAGAACGAAGCUAAAUUCCAAAAAAUUUUGAAGGUUUUUCAUCAUUGCCGUAGAUUUUGGGUCGCUUAGGAAAAGCGACGAAAAACACAGCUGAACACGUCAUCAUGAAAAAAAUCUUUAUUUACUCAGGGGCGUGCGUAAAUAAAGAUUUUGUUCAUAGUGGCUCAACGGGACUUAAUCAGUAGGGCAAGCACGCGCGCUAUGUUAUAAGAGACAAUUCCCCACCCCCAAGCUCGUGAUCGACCUCAUACACAGUUUUUUUUUGGUGGUACGUCUUUUUGAUACGUACAAAAUCAAAACGAGACCUUGUGACAACUUCUAUAAACGUUUUCCAGAGUUUAUUGAGAGAAGGAUAAUGGAUGUCAUAAUGUAGUUAAAACAUGAACAAUAAGUUUGAAAUCGAAAAUGAAAAAGAAAAACUCUUAAAAAGCGCCUCCUUGACAGAACACUUCAGAAGAACACUGGGCUGAAUUUCUGUAUAUCUUUAUAUCAAAAGCGUUGUAUCCGUUUUCAUAUAAAUUUUCUUAUCAUUAAAAAGCUACUUGCUGAAGAAAUAUUUCUGUCCUUCUUUCCCAAAAAUAAAAUCCAUUCGAGAGCAUCAUACGCACAUUCGUUUAAAAUUUUAAAACAUACAUGUACCUUUAGUACAGACUUUAAUUUUAAUAAUUUACUCCUCUCCAACCACUCCAGCCUCUCCUGCCAUCCCCCCCCCCCGGCUCCUUGGACCCUAGCUAACCUUAAAAACAAACCCUUAUCCCGCCGGAAAGAAAAAAAUUCAAGAGUUAAAAAAAAUAACUUUUAAUUAAUUGAAAUGUUUAAAAAAUACAGAAAUAUUCUGUAUAAUAAACCCUUUACUUUUUAUAAACCCGAAACCCCAUUUAACACGCAUAAUCUACCUCAAAUAAAAAAAAACAACUCGCAAAGACAUCACACACAACUUUUUUAAAAAUUUUAAAAAUUAUACGUACUUUUAUACAAACUUUUAUUUUAAAAAUUUUCCCCCCCCCCCCCCCCCCCACCCCCCCCCCCAACCCCCCCCCCCCCCGGCUUCUUGGACACUAGAUAAACUUAAAAAGAAACUCUUAUUCCGACGGAAAGAAAGAGAUUCAAGGUUUAAAACAAAUAACUUGUAAUUAAUUGGACUGUUUAAAGUAUACGGCAGUAUUCUGUAUAAUGAGCCCUUUCACUGUUCUAAACCCGGAACCCCAUUUAUACCGCAAAAUCUACCGCAAAACCCAACGUACAUGAGCGGUGAAAGCCGCAGCUCUUAAGUUUACCACCCACGAAAUACCAUGAUUCAUUUUCCAGGUGGACUCUUCCGGGGCAAGGCUACAAUUUUCUCAUUUUUUUAAUGUACACGUUGACAGGAAGAUAUUUCGACACUUCGAUUUUUUUUUGUUGCUUGUUGUUUGCUUGAUUGUUUUCUUUGUUCAAAAAGAAUAAUGAAAACUUGUUCGAGCAUGUAGCAUUUCCUCCCAAUAUUUGACUAUUGUAUACAGAUUUAUAAAGACAAAAGGACAAUGCGCCUUUGUUUUCUAGCGAUGUUCAUUUGUCACUGCUUUCGGUAACAGAAAACAAAAACUAAUGUGCUACUUCGUUUCCGCUUCAUUGAAGUUUUUUUUAAAACUUUUUUUCGAAAAAUUACAGCUUGCUUUGCAAUUUUCCAAAGUUACGUAAUCCAAUAGUUCGACGAAGGAAAUAGUCGACAAGAUCUGUGGAUUGUUGUCGUGUUCACGAUAACGAAAAAAUUUCAAGCAAUAACUUGAACCUUAACCUCAAAAAAAGAAGAAGUACGUGAUAGAUUUCCGGCGUUUUCCAUGGGGUUUCAGCUAUCAGUUGAAUGUCAAUCAUGGGGCUAGAUUUCCUAAAUUGCUUAUUUUUAAGACGGAGAAAUCAGAAACUAUUUAUAAUGUUGAUGUUUCAGCAGAAAUUCAUCUUCAUUUUUGUUCAGGUGUAGACUUUUACACCUCAGAUACUUUGAGUCUAUUUUGUACGCGAAAAAGGCCAUUGUAGUUUAUCACAGUGCGCUAACUUGUGAUAUGAUCUGACAAAUGGUUUAAUUUUACAAUCAACAGGGUCAAAUCUUCACAGCUGUUUACUUUACACAAACUACGAAACAGGAAAGGUCGCUUUUUAAUCUUCAAAGUUUAUUUUAUCGCGGUUUCUGCACAAACAGAGAAGUACAACGAGAACAUGGCCCGUUUCUUGCGGCGAACAUUGAGGUUCAAAAUGGACCUUCUCGAAAAAAAGAUUCACCCGCUGUUACUGGUUGUGCUUCUUUCUUUGCUUUUGCGUGUGGAAGUGACCUCAGGGAACGCAGAGUUUGAAAACGCUGUAAGGGCUGCAGAGUUAGAAGAAGACCAACACAUAUCGAGCUGCGCUUCGACGCGGCGUGUAAAACGCUACGAUCAUGGUCGCUUUCCGUUCUCCCCACCAACGGGCUCUAAAUUUGGCAAGGCGCUACGAUUCUUAGGCAGCGAUGUCGUCAGAUUUGCCGGCCCUUACAAAAUUCCAUCACACCAAUUCACCUUGGAGUUUUGGAUGAAGCCCGAGGGCGGUCAGAGAUCGCCGGUUACAGUGAUUGGGCUCUUUGACGACUGCUCAUCGGAAUCGAAAGAUGGAGGCUGGGAAGUAGGACUUGACGAAGCCAGCGCAGAGGGAAGAAGUUUGAGAGUUUUCUUUCGACUUCGCUCGCAGCGAUCGCAUAGCGACACGAAGCUGAUAUCUCCUCUCAGCGUGGAGCCAAACACUUGGCUUCAUGUAGCAGCAACUUACGAUGGAAAAAGAAUGAUAUUAUACAUCAAUCAAGCUAAAGUAGCGGUUUCAUCAGAGCAGAAAGGCCACAUCUUUGCAAAAGGCUUUGACGGCUGUGAGCAUUUAGAAGCUGGGGGCAACGUCUCUUCAGCUACGUUCUUUCGUGGGACAAUAGACGAAGUACGAUUCUGGUCAAUUGCGAAAUCCCACAAAGAAAUCAGCACCAAUGUUUUUACCCCCGUUCGUGAUGUUGAACAAUUCCUAGUGAUGUAUGAAAGCUUUGCAGAUAAGGAGGAACUAAAUCGCAAUCCCAAGACCACAUGGACAAUCGUCCCAAGCUCUGCAAAUCCACCGGAAGUCAUAGAGUCAACAAUACCGGCCGAUCCUCACGAUUUGGCGAUCGUGAAGCCCCCGUGUGGUACUACAGUGUGCGAUAAUCCUGAGAUUAUCAGGAGUUAUGUCAAAAAUACCCACUUGCGAGGCAAAAAGAUCGUGAGAUAUCGUGUUGUUAACAUCUUGGAGGAUGAUGGCUCUAACCCGAUGGUAACCAAAAAACAAAUUAAAUUUCAACACGUUCAGCUGAACAAAGCCUUCGCACCCUACAACAUCUCCUUCCAGCUCCAAGAGCAUGAAAUUCGAAACACGUCCUUGCGACGUCGCACGGUCAUUUGGCAUUGCGAACCAGAAAAAAUCGGCGACUUGAUCUGCAAUUCUGACAACUGCAUGCACAAUAUCACAGGAAAUGAUGGAGGGGACUGCGAUCAGACCCAAGUUAUUUGUGAUCCGGAAAAGCGUGGAAAUGGCAAGUGUGACCCAGAAUGCAACAAGUUUUACAACGGGUGGGACGCUGGUGAGUGUUGCAACGUCAGCAUAACUGACGUGUACCAAACAUGCUUCGACCCUACGUCACCGAACAGGGCGUACAUGAGUGACAGGGAAUACAAAUCCCUUCUAAAUUUGGACAAUCGGCAUUUUUUGAAUGUCUAUUUGGUUGGCUGGAGUAAUGAGAACUUACAGGGAGUUGCCACUUUCCCUUGGGAUAAAUCUGCUCAUAGCAUUUACGGUGGUGUUAUUAUGCUACCGAAGAACUUCGGACAAAAACACCAUACAAAUGCCCUUGUUCACGAGUUCGGUCAUGUACUUGGCCUGUGGCACGUACACCACGGAGUUUCAGAAAUAAAGGACUGUGGCGAUGAAUGUGCUGAGUUCUUCCCUUCUCUUGAGUUGGGGGACCUGUGCUCGGAUACAAAUCCAACACCUGCGAAUAACUUGUGUAGUGAUCCUGUGGGCAAAGACAGCAUGGUCUGCGGAGUGAAAAAAUUCAGGAACACGCCUUUUAGCAACUACAUGAGUUACGCUAAUGAUUCAUGUCUUGACUCCUUCACUGAGCAACAAGCAGCCAGAAUGCACUGUUACAUUGAUCUGGUCUACCAGUCGUGGCAACAAGAAAAAACCCCGCCUUCUUUCAUCCCACUUCCACCGCGCGUGACUUCUAAAGCGGAAGAUAAAGUAACUCUCACAUGGAUUCCACCUUUGGGGACAGGAGGAGCGAACGCACUGAACAGUUGUCACGAGUGCCGUGAAGACAAAGUGUUUCAACAGUAUGCUGAGACUGCGACGUCUUCGGUUCCUUCCAAGCCGAAUGGUUAUUGGUCCCCUCAUCAGGCAACGGGAGCUCCUGACUCCAAGUCUUGCAAUUUAUCCCCACACGGAUGGAGUCCCGUUGAUCAUUAUGGGGGUGGUCAUAUUGUGUUUGGAUUCAAGGAAGCCGUUAUUCCGACUAGUUUGUCCCUUUGGGUUGUUUGGAAUUCAAAAGAAGGAAUCAAUGAUAUCACCCUAAUCUUUGUUGAUGGUACUGAGAAGUCGUUAGGCAAUGCCACGGCUCAGUGCGAUUCUCCGCUGACUAUGUCUUUAAAAGUCAAUAAAAACGUCUCGAAGAUUCGUGUCCAUGUCAAAGAAAUGACUGUGAUUGAUGCCAUUCAACUGACGUCAUCUGUCAAUCAUCCAAACUGUCGUGAGUGUGAACCAAUGGAGUAUCUGGUCUCUAGGCAACCACCUUUUCCGUUUGGACGCGCACAGCGCGUAAAAGCAACAAGGUUUGAAGAUAGGUAAGAGUCAUUUCUCAUUGUUUUUAUUUUUACUCCUAACUACCACCCCACUUCUUAACAAGGUGGCAAAAACGCAUUCUGAAGAGCAAUAACAAAAGACGAGGUGCUGAUGAUCUCGCUAUAUUUUACUCCUUGGAGUAGCCAACCAUAUUUUUGUCAAGGGUAGUGUAUAGUAUAGUAUAGUAUAUAGUAGUUUAGUAAAAUCCAGCUAGUGGUCUAUUAUCAAUGCUGCAUUCUGAUUGGUUGAGCUACUACUAGGCUAUAUGUUAUAGCCCACUAGUAGCGCAAAGCGCCGGCUUUUUGGCGGCGAAAAAACUUAAAGUCUAGCUUUAACUAGCUAAAGUUGUUUUGGCUCGAUAUUUUGACCAACUAGUUGGAUUUUACUAAAACAAUAAUUCCUCUCGCCCUCAUGGCCUCUGAUUCGAUAGCCCAUUUGGCCUUCGGCCUCAUGAACUAUUGACUCAGAACUCAUUCGGGCUCAAGGGAUAAUUGUUAAAUAGCUCCUAGCCGCUAGGGACGAGUAGAGACGGCUGUUUUCGCAGGAUAAGUGAAAAGUAGAGCAAGCGAAAUAGGUAGCCGCGCUUGGAAACUGCCACCAAGUCUCCCUCCACUCCACUCCAAGUCUCCCUCCACGCGUGCACGCGUCAUCGCUCGUUUUACUAGCCCAAAAGAUCAUGAAGGUUACUCGUAGUGUAUACACCUAACUCAAUUAAGGUUGCUUUGGCAAUUGGUCAUCGACAGUUUGGCAUAUGGAACAAUGCAACGAUUUGCUUGAGUGGGCGACUAAACAAUAGCUUCCUUGUGCGCAAUUGCCCAAUGCCCAAAGCGACCUUUGUUGAAUCGGUUAUAUACGUGCAUCUUGUUCUAUUCGUUUGAGUGUCACCUUAUACUGUCGCUACAGGCACUUGAUCCCUGGCAAGUCUUACACCUACAAAGUCAAGGCUGUCACUAGUUUUGGACUCGAGGGCCCAUUCUCUCCACCCUUAGUGUAUUCACCUGAGCAGGGCUUUUGUGGCGAUGGUGUAGUAGAGGAAAGUAUAGGAGAAGAAUGCGAUGAUGGAAAUGUGAGAGAUGCUGACGGCUGUAACGUGCAGUGCAAGAAAGAAGAUGUUUUUCAUUGUACAGGUAAAAAAGGCUAUAAAUCCACAUUAAAAAAUCAUUGUACCUUUUAUAUUUAAUUUGCUUUUGCUGUAAAGCGCAUUAGAUCAUGUGCACGUGAUUUUUUGCGUCUUGUAAGCAUACUAUUUAUUAUUAUUAUUAUUAUUAUUAUUAUUAUUAUUAUUAUUACCAUCAUCAUUAUCAUUUCUAUUAACCUUUUUCUUCCUUUUUUUCCUUCCCCGUAAACGAGGUUGUCACUCCUGCUCAAUUACCUAACCACCUUUUUUGUUGGGUUUGAUUGUUCAGCUCUUUGACUGUCAUCGUAAUAAUGGAAUGCCUAAGCAAUCUGGUCGAAUACAAAUUUGUUCAAAGAGGGCAAAUUUGGACAAGAGUUUGUGGUUUUUACCCUGAUAAGUUUUGAUGCCCCAUAACUCACCAGGGUGAAGGCUACGAACAAACUCAGUGACAAACGUGCAAAAGGGCUCUACAAAAUUCAUGGAAUCGAUACCAUUUCGUAAAACUACGAAAAAGUACAAAAAAUCCUAUGCGAAAGGAAUGCCAAAAAGUUUCAUUUUAAUGUUCUCAAAUUAAAAAAGAGAAAUGUAUAUCUUCUGCACCCCCCCACCCCCCCACCCCUCUUCAGUUUUUGGAGCUCAAACAAUCAUUAUUUGUAGUUGUAAACAUUACAUGGAAAGUUUUGGAAGUAAAGAGUUUGUAGGACAGCACAUUUAAAAACUCUGUGCCUCAGUCCAGAAGUGCAGACUUCAAAUAUAGAGGAACUUCUCUACUAACUAUCCUCAUCCUUCUGAGAUACCUCAGAAGACAAGUGUCUUCUUUUUCUCUAGGGGCUUUGUGUAUGAUGCCGUCACGAUUCCCCCUUUUCCGACCUUUCCAUGCGCAGUCUACAAAGCAAAAAAAAUUAGGAAGGGGACUGAUGAGAUGUUAACAUGAUUUAGAUGCUAACAAUCAGUUGAUGAAGCACCCCAGUUCAAAAAAUAACUGCUAAAUAAAUGCCUUAAUCGCUAUUUCAACUUCUUGGAAGCAGCUUCUUAUGCCUGAACAUCUUUCACGGUCGAAACUUGACGCGUGCCUCUGUUUAUACGCUAUUGACUUUGUAAAAACAUGACGGACUCACGUGGUAAAUGCGUGUGGUCCAAAAUCACUUAAGGAAAACUGAGAAAACAAGGCCAGCGCCGCAGAAAAUAAUAUGGUAAAGUUGCACAAAAUUUCUGCUGAAGGUUAACGGGGAAACAAUUGAUCGACCAAUCGUAGUAAUUGGAUUAAACAUACCAAAUAUUGGUUGACUAGGUAAUGAAAGAAGCUCUCUGUGGGGUAAAUACACAAGUUAUCCAAACAACUUUCGUAUCUGAUCAUACUGUUUUCAACUGUUUCAAGGCAGUUAAUUUUCCUGAAAACAAAAAUUGGCAUGCGAAUUUGAACAAAAGCCCUGCAACAUCGAGAAUACAUUUUUUUUUAAAGGAUUUGCCGCCUAAGUGGUUUUGUUCAAGUCUGAUCUUUCGUCGGGAAUUUCCCUUUGCCUCAAAAGCAAGGUUAGCUGAUCUAUCGGAUUAUUUUGUUAUUGCACACGCGCCAACACGUACAAAAUUCGUGCAGAAUCCUAAGUUCGAUAAUCCGAUGAAAAGUUAAUCUCAUUCACUUAACCCUGAGAGGUCGUGGAUAAGAUGAACUCCACUGAAGAACAAAUAUAUUUUAGUAGUUUUGCCAACUUUCAUCUGAUGCUAUUUUAAACGAAAAAGACAGACAGUAUAAAAUUUGCGAAUAAAUUCUUCCUUCUUAGCUGUGUAAUGGGAUUUACUUUUGAUGAUCAUAUAUCUCACUUAAAAUCUUUUUUUUUUUUCAAAAUUAUUGUAUUAUAGGGUAGGUAAAAGUUAGACUUAGCUGGCCCUUCUCAAGUGCACAUCCCCUUCUCCCCUCCCAUAAAAAGCACAAAGCAAUCUCACAUGAGUUGUAUUGAGCAAAAUAUUUUUGAAGGGGGAGGUGGGGUGAGGGAAAGAAGGCUUGGUAUUUACUAAUUAAGAAUGGGGAUUGGAAAACCAAAGGAAGCAAGAGGUCUCCCUGUCUGUGAAGAGAUUACGCUCGGAUCAUAAGUAUGCGGAGAGAAUGAAAUCCUUGGCGGAUCAUAUCCUCUGCGGCUUAACUUUAUUUAUAGUUUGGUGGUGGUGGGGGGGGGGGUUAUUGUUUCCAUGCCCUCUCGGCAACGUCUAAAUAUAUAUCUCAAGCUAACUUAGUCUACAAUAAUGAUGAUUUCAAUUGCUUCAUAGGCCAUCCAAGUCUGUGUUAUCGCCAUGAUGGAGAUGGAAUCUGCGAAGACUUUGAAAGAAAAACUAGCAUCAAAGACUGUGGUUUUUAUACGCCAGAGGGAUUUGAAGACCAGUGGGCUGUGAACGUUACUGUUAACCCUCGCGACCGAGACGAAACAUGCCCAGAAAACGUGACCCUUGGACCUCCUCCCUUAGAUCUGGUAACGCAACUACCUUACACGUUGAUAGCUAUUCCCAACCCUAAUCUUUCCCAUCUUACCAUUCGCCACUCGCGCAUUACCCACAGUACAGCUUGUUUGCCCUGCAAAAUUUUCAUAACCCUUUUUGUUUUCAUUUUCUCUUAGGUAUUAUAGUCGUCCCAAGAGAAAUUGAAGAUAGUGCUAAUGAAAAAAUUUAGGUUGCAGUUAGGCGCGUUAUGGGAAAUGUGUAUGUCUGUAGCGAAUACCCCUCAUGGCUUCGCUUCGAAUUAUUAAGCCGUGUCCGAGUUCCAAAAACGCUUACUUUCAUAACAAGGCUAAGUUCAAAACCUUUGAAACUCAGUUUUAUUUGCAAGAGAGUAAAAAAUCCUUUUCGUUCCCUUUGCAACAGCGGCGUCAGGCAACUCGGAAAUGGCUUAUUUAUCAAGGUAGUUUUGGUUUGAGAGAGGCGGGUUGGUGUUAAGAGUGGGGGAACAGUUCUCCAGAGCAGUUACAAAUGAGGGUAAACUUGAAUUGUUACGUUUACAGCAAACGGCAAACCUCAGAUUCAAGUUAAGAAUUUGUCAGGAUAGAAAAUAAACCGAUAAAUGUCCAGAACAAUUCUUAUGCAUAAAACUGGCGUGAAAGGACUUAUUUUUGAGUGGAAGUAAUAAACAGUAAACACCAGGUAAGGGGAAAACUUGAUCACCUGGCACAAAUUCACGUUUGCCGUUUGGCGUAAACGUCAAUCUUAAUCUCUCUAGCAUCAAAGGACAGUCAAUUUUGACUGUGGAGAAUUCUUAUGCCCAUUCGAGGUUACCGUACUUCCCCUUCAUGAUUAUUUCUUCGUAAUAUUAAAUAAACGACUAUCCAAGAACCACAGGAUUCCAGGCAAAAUGAUGGAGAGGUGGUAGAGCGAAAGAGCAAAAGGAAAGGGGGAGGGGGGGGGGAGCGGUCCACUUUUUGUAUAAGACAUAUUUUGGUGACUAAUCUGGCAGAGAGUCAUUUCCCCACAAGGUCAAAUUGAAUCGUUGAAUGUUUUAUAUGCACGAGAUUUUCCAACUAUAUUUCUUUGCUUUAGUCUACAAUUACUCCCUUUUUUUCUUCAGGGAUAGUAGAGUACGCGCGCUCGCAUAUUUUGCCGGAACUUGGUUUACGAUUGAUUUAGUUGCGCAUAUGGCUACACUACAUGAUUAGGCUUAUAUCUGGGGAGCUUAUAAUCUGAUGUAUUUUUUAUUUACAGCUAGAUAGACGUAUGACUGGGGGGGGGGGGGCUUGUAAGGGGGGUGGGGUGGGGGGGGGGGGGUUAUGAGGGGCAGCAGUGUAUAUAGAACAAGUUAAAUAAAAAACUUCCCGACCCUUGUUAAUAGCAUGUUUUUAUUAUCCUUUCACAGGUAUGUCAGUCGGGAGAUAAGUUUAUUAAUAAUGCCUAUGCAUGGCGUCCCUGCACUAGAUCAUUUGUGAAUGGCAAUUAUUGGUUGGAAGUCACAUUCAAUCGCUCUGUUGUACCUGCUGCACUUGUCCUGUAUAUCGGUUCCGAUGGACAGACUGAAUAUAGUCUUGACAGAACUAUAAAAGUAGAGCUCAUCGACAAUGCUGGACGUGUCCACUCUUCAGGAGGCGAUGAAACAAAACUUUCUUGCAAGGUUAACCCGGCUGUUAUUCCAUUCCAUCACGAUAUGACAGAACCAUUUUUCUAUGUGCGCAAAGUUCGCGUUAGCUUCAAGUCUCACCUUAUCGCCAUAGCUGGCGUAGCUCUGCGUUCAAGAACUAAUUUCGAUGUUGUUGAACUGUCCAAAUGCGGUCCGGAGGAAAUUUUUAGUCCGCGCACUCAGCAUUGCCACAAUUACCUAUGCGAGAGGCCAUCUUGCCACAAACUGGUUUUAAAACACGCGACGGUCAAAUGCGAGGGAACGAAAGAGGGGCAGACGUGUUCUGUUACUUGUAAGACUGGAUACCGACCGUCAAAGCCCUUCAAGAUGGUUUGCUUGAACAAAGAGUGGCAAGGAAUCAGUUCAGGUUGUGUUCCUAUUAAUUGCGGUGUUCCCAGGAUUCCAAAUGGCCAAGCUGGUUAGUACAGCUGAACUGCUGAUUGUAAAUUUUACAAUAGAGACCUUCUAAGACGAGUACGACUACAAGUACGAGAUUUUCUCAAUACUAAGUAGUGCGCACGCGUGAACCAGCGUCAUUUUGGCGGGAAAACGUGAUAGUCGUCGUCAUUCUACUACGAGUUUUAGCGAGAAUGUCGUGUUAGCGGUUGGGAGAAAGCUUAACCUCCUUCAAUCACGAUAACGGCGCUAAUUUUUUUUGGUGAAAAAGAUGUACAAUGAAGCUGUCCAGGAUGUCUAUUAUUUCAGAAUACGCAAAAGAAACUUAAAAUUAAAUCUCGUAAUCGUAGUCGUCCUCGUCCUAGAAUCUAAAGGUCUCUAUUGACCGAUUGAUUGCUCGCGCAUAUAUUCGCCACUUUUAAAUUAGAUACGAAAAGGGAACUAGAGUCGAAAUGUGUCCCGCGAUUGUUUUUGGUAUCGUUCAUGGGGACGCGCAGGUCAGUUAUUGACCAUUUUUUUUCCCUGUCUUUAGUAACAGUCCCAGAAUUCUUUGCAAAAGUCUACUUCUCGUUUUUAAGUGACAAACUAGUUGAUAGCCUUUGUAUAAUCAACAAAUAGACAAAAAAAUUCCAUUGCUUUUACACUAACAGACAAUAUAAGGCUGCCUGUGUCAGAACCAGUCAAGUUUUUGGUGGCGAGUCAAGACAAAAUGGCGGACGCACAACCCAAAAGGCGUUGCUUAUCCCGUCCCUAUGCGAUGGGGACGAUCAUUUGACUUUUGAGGAGUGGGGCUGGUCAUUUCAGAUAUAAACAAGAAAAACUGGUACCAUGACGGGGCAGAAGUCCAAUUUACCUUCAUCAUGGGAUCAUGGGAAUCUUGUUCUGAUGUUGUUCAGUUGUAUACUGCUUCAAUAGGGCUUUCUAUCUUUGACCGUUUUCCUAUUUUGUUACUAAUAACUGUUUUCUUAUUUCCAGAUUGCCCAGACGGACAUACAUUCGGUAAAAAGUGCUCUUUCAAGUGCUCGCUACAGGCCAAACUUAGUGGGAACGAAGCUAGCGUAACAUGCGAGGCUGAUGGCAAAUGGUCGGCGCAGACAGCGUUUUGUGUUAUGACUUGUUCCAAACCCGUUAUUCCAGAGCACGGUGAACCGCUUACAGGAAGCAGCUGCUUUACCAGUAAAGGAAGAAUUUCACCCGGUUACUCUUGUAAAUUCCGAUGCAAACCAGGCUACCGCCCGAAGGAUCGGGACGGGCCGGCCCGAAGAGCCUUGAAGGUGCGUUGUACAAAAAGUGGUCAGUGGACUCAUUCUUCGUGCGAGCCGAUCGUCUGCGAGAAAAUUUCUGCCAGCCUCCUUAUGUGGUAUAACUGUUCGAAUGGAAAUGCCCUAGGAAGCGUUUGUUCGAGUCAUUGCCCAGGAGAGGGGGUGAGUUUCUGUAUUUUUUUUGGCCUGUAUGUUUUACACAGUUAUUGGAUGAGGUUUUUGUGAUAUCCGGAAUAAUCAAGGUCGAGGUGGCCGAGGCUGAUGACACUUACCAAGACCUUGAUUAUUCCGGAUCAUGAUCACAAAAUCGAAUCUAAUAACUGUUUUAUUAUACAUUGUUUUGAAGAAUAUAACCCGGCAAAAACAAGCUGUCGCAUAGAACUCAGUUUAACAUUGCUCUUGGAAAUUAUGCAUUGCGCGCGCAAGCUACAGAUUAGUCAGUUUUCUGCUGGCAAGUAACUAAUCUGUAGGUUGCACUAAUUUCCAAAUUCAACUAUAGGCUCUUAGCCAAUGGGUAAGAUAGGCAGUGUUUCAAUGUAUAAUAAUACCGUUAAACUUGCAUUGAUCAGACAUUGUCCUUAGUAUGAGGCAACUCUUAAGUCCCAGUCUCAAAAUUCCAAGUCAACUAGAACAACAGUAUUUUCAACCCUUGAAAAUUACCUUACCCAUAAUUGCCAUGGCUCUUCUAGGUGGGAUGGUAAUACAAUAAUAGUACAAAGCGCAAUUAAAGGGAAAGAUAAGAAAAGAAAAUAGGGAAGGUCAAGUAAAAAUAAUAAUAGGAAAAAGUGCUUGGUAUAACAAAUACGAUGAAAAGUUUCUUAGUGAGAAGAAAAGUCUAGAUCUUUAAAAAAUACUAUACUUUAACCGUGUAAUGAGUAGAGGUUGGAAUGGGUAAUAGCGCUUACAACUACAUGUACCUCAUCAAGGGCAAUAUUCGCCUUAUUCUUUGCCUUAAGGCCGGUCUAUAUUCUACGAUUUAACCUGUUCAUCUCUUGACACGCUAUAACUUAUAGGCUCGUUCUUUUCAGCUACAAAGGGAGGCCCGAAUCGGCUUACAAAUCGGUCCCAGAUCAUUUAAGCCGAAAAAUACCACCAACCUCGUGGCACACAUGCAAGGCUGUUUCCUAGUGUCAACACAUUAUAUAAUCGCAAAACAAUUCUUACAUGAAUAUAUUCCCCUUUAUCAUUUGCCUCUCUUUAUCAGGUCCACACUGUGAAGUGCGAGGACAAGGGACGUUGGAGCGAGCCAAUGAGGAGGUGUAAAUCACGUUUAGCUGGAGCCUGUCCCGUUCCUGUACCUCCCCCAGGGGUUAUCAUUACCUGUGAAGAUCACUUUCCUGGAGGGAUUUGUAAAGUUCAAUGCAAAGAUAGCUCUCAUGACGUCGUUGAGGAGGUGGGUUGUUAUUAUGGUUACACACAGCAUGAGCCGAGCGUUUCCCGCGGUUUUUCUGUCGCAGUAAACUUGCAGCUUUAAAUGAUGUGGUGAUGGUUUGUUUCCCGCGCUUCGCCUUAUUGGACUAGCGCUCAAGUCUUUCGCGCGGCGGAAGGUUUUUAGCCACACCAUUGAUUGCUCUACUAAUCAGGCCUCUCUGGGCCCCCUUGUAUUCUCACCCGAGAAAAACGUUUACGACCCAGGUGCCCUUCGUCCAUUCACAUAUAACUUCGUCAUUCUGAUUAAAACAAUUAAUAAAAUAAUGUAGUCGGGCGUGAAAACAAUAUCAGAACUGGUGAGGCGUUUGGGUGGAUGUGGGAAACUCAAUCAUGUCCGCAGUAAAAAGAAUCCUAAGGGUUCACUCCUGGCUGGUCUAGAGUCUUCCAACACUUUUUAGUGGUGCUGGACAUUGUCGAACGGGCGUAAAAACUUUUUUAGACUCAUUAACCGUUUCACCCUGAAAUUGAACGAUGGAAUUUUGUAAAGUGGCUCUUACUUUUGAAUCUGUGGACGAAGUCUUAUGGUGAGCCCAUUCAAAUGAGCCCUAGUCUUCGUGGCGGGUGUCGUGGGGAAACGCGAGGAAGGGAAAACAUGAGGAAAUUGAGCGCUCUCCUCCACUCACCCUCAGCUUUUCAAGUGCGCCAAGCAAGCAAAAAAAACCUCAGUGAGUGUACUUUCACAUAUUAGAACUAUAAAAUUUUUAAACUUAAUCAAACAUCAUUCAACAACUAGGCUGCGAGUAGUCUCUCUUUUUUCUCGCGCGCUAGGGUCGAGCGUCGAGCGACGAGGCCGAGAGACGAAGGAAACGAGGGCACCUCUUCCGUCUCGCUCGACGGACUAGGGAAAAAGGAAGACUGUUCUUAGUCUAUUCAAUAGCAUUCAACACCAUCCAACAAGGUAUUCAGAGGGAUCUAACUGUUGCAUCCAAUCAAGUUCAUUGAUUAAUUAAAUGUGUUACAGGGAGACGAGGAGAAGACUCUCGCGAUUAUCACAUGCACGAAGAAGUCCCAGUGGAAACCAGAUCCCACUCGUUUGAGGUGUAUUCCUAGUUGUCAGGUGGAUUACAUUGAAGAUGAGUGGUGUGACAAGGAUAACAAUAACAAGCACUGCCGAUGGGAUGGCGGAGAUUGCUGUGCUUCUACUACAAGGAACAGGAUUGUGCGGCGAGUACCGACAUUUUGCAUGUCAGCUUGUGACUGUAAGGACCCAAAUGCCAUUGAAAAUUUACACAACAAAGGUAGGAAGGAUGACGAAGAUGAUGACGAUGAUGACGACAGAACUGGAGAAAGUGGUUCUGACGAGGAGUUAAGGACUUCUACAUGAACAUGUUAACUUUCUGUUGAACCGAAUCUAGGAUAACUAUAAUCAAUCACAACUCUUGACUCUUUAGAACCGUUUACACUUGCCAUUUUUUUGCGGAUUUUGUCGCACGACAAGAGCGGCGAUUUUGUUGCAAUUUUAGCGCGAUUAGCCUGCGUGGCAGACGUAAUUUACCCUCGGUUAGUAUCGUCCGCGAAGCAGUGCCGAGAUCCUUGUUCUGAGCUUCCAACGGAUUCAACGAAUUACCAGAAGUGCGUUUCGAAUUUCCGUUCAUCCUGAUUGGCAAAGGGACAAUGGCGUUUUUAACAGGCCAAUCAUGGCACGUACUCAAAUCCGGGUACACAGGGGGGACCCAGAACAGGCCUCGGCGCUGUUUCGCAGACGGAAUUAACCAGAGUUUAGAUUCGUCUUCGGUCCAGACUAAGUUCUGCAUUUUAUGUAAAGUGGAAUUUUUGAGAAGUGUUUUAGACCAGACGCAUGCGUACAUCUCUUAUGGAUAGAUAUGAGGGACAGAAUUGCGUAAUUUUAUGCAAAAAUCGCCGUAGUGAAGCUCAAUUGGGGUUAAUUUUUAUCAUUCACCAGAUUUUCAGCAACCUGGUUGCGAUAAAAGGCGCUGAAAUCGACAUCUCCUUCCUUUGUCCAUUGUUUGAUCGCAAUAUAAAUACGGAGCAAAACUCUCGGUGCAGCAAAACAAAUCGCGUGAGAAUCAAAGCAUGUAAACGGUUCCUCAGGUUAAACGUUUCGAGCAAAAAACUUCGUAUAGCAGAGUUUUUAGAAAGUAACAUUUGAAUCACGUUGGAUGUGAUUAUCCACAGUUAUUCGUAGCCAUAAAAAGACAAAACCUAGGAAAAAAAGAAAGCAACAAAAAGCAACAAAUUAUCAUAACUUUGAGAGUGUUAAUUGAUUUUUUUCUAAAAUUUGUUUGUUUUAUUAUUUCGGGCUGGGUUUAUUUAGAUAAUAGAAUUUCAAUGUUUUGGAAAUUUAUAUAUUAAGUAAAAAGCGUUUUGCUUUUCGAUCAUUUCUAUACAAAGUAUAUGAACAAACUGACUUUAAUGCAUAUUGCAGACAACAAAACAAUGCGUUUUUACAGAUUACUUUUUUUAUCGUACCUUUUAGCUGCUAUUUAAAUAAGCUUUCUAAAUUUUCUCAAUAUCGAUAAUUUGAUUCACAUUUGUUGUUUUAAUUAUCAUUUCAUCAGUUGUUGUGUUAAAAAUGUAAAGAAUCAACGAAAGGGGGUAAGUUUGCCAGGAUGGUCUUUUUUGAACAAAAAAAACUCUGAAUCUUUCUCAAGUAAGCAGCCCUUAAUCAGUAAUUGCUGGAAAUGUUUAUAUCAUUAUUCACCUAACACCGGGCACUUUCACGUAACACCUUUACAGUUUCCAACUUUCCUAGCAAACCUAUAAAUCUUUGUUGGGGUAUAUUAUGCCUAUAUACGUACUGGCUGUUUUUCACUUGAUUUCCCUCCAUUUGCUACGAGGCAGACGUUUAAAGCUCUGCAACGAGAGUCUUCGCAUUAAUAAUUUCUUUAUACCCGAAUUUUGUAUUCUUCGUUGGGAAAUUGCAGUGAAAAACGUUUUUCUCUUCCAUAUGAUACAUGCUAAUUUGCUGUCUCAGCUUUUACUGAUUUGGAAAUUCUCUUUACAAGGCGAACAAUUGCCGGCGUUGUUCAUUGCACUCUCGGGAGCUGAAAUUAGCCAUAACUAGAUUUUUAAAGUAAUAUUACCUCUACAUGCGGGCUUUUUCUUUAAGUUUUUAUAAGGACUUAACCAGAACAAGACAAACGAUGUAUUAUCAUAAUUUUGUGUGUAUUGUAUUUGAAUAUUUCAAUCUCCCUAAUUUAGACUCAUACAACAAUUUUCGUUUCAUUAGACUAAAAAUUUCUGAGAUUAUAAACUUUAUUGCCCACCAAAAGGCGUUUUUCUUCAAAACGAUGUAUUGGACUUUCAGUCACUUUAUAUCACUUUGUUGGAACCUGAACUUUGAUAAGUUAAAUACCUCUUUUCAUGGAAGACCACUGAGGCAUUUCUUGGUAAGACUUGUCUUUAUCCUCUUCCGAAGGUUACUCAGAAAUAAGGCAUUUCUUUCCGGUUUUGUGUCUCACAGAAUAAGACUAAUUUUUAUUUUAUUUUAUUUUAUUUCAUUUUAAUAUUUCACAUAGCUAAAAAAAGGAUACUGCCUAUUUAUUCAUUUUUGUAAGUUUUCGUUAGUGAUUUGAAAUAAAGCACUGAAUAAAUC